GACCGGCAUUCUGGGUAAUAAUCUGUUUACUUCCUGUGGCCGUGGAACCCGUAUUAUCGUAUACGGCGAGAAUGGCCCUGGAGACGGUGCCAAAGGACCUGCGGCAUCUGCGAGCUUGUUUGCUGUGCUCGUUAGUCAAGACUAUAGACCAGUUUGAAUAUGAUGGGUGUGACAAUUGCGAUGCAUACCUACAAAUGAAGGGCAACAGAGAGAUGGUGUACGACUGCACCAGCUCUUCAUUUGAUGGGGUUUCUCUGUCUCCUGGCUGGCCUCAAACUCAAAGAGAUCCACCUACCUCUAUGUCCAGAGCCUUGGGAUUAUAGAAUCAUCGCGAUGAUGAGUCCAGAGGACAGCUGGGUCUCCAAGUGGCAGCGCGUCAGUAACUUUAAGCCAGGUGUAUAUGCUGUGUCAGUCACUGGUCGUCUGCCCCAAGGAAUUGUGCGGGAGCUGAAAAGUCGAGGAGUGGCCUACAAAUCGAGAGACACAGCAAUAAAGACCUAGCUAGAUGCAGGCCAUAGCGUCUUGUUCUCUACUUCUGUCCUUGUUUUCUUGUGGAACUAAAAGGUGGGACCCAAAGACUCCUUGCCCUCCAGCUCAGGAUCAGCAGACCCCGUGAAGGCAGCACAUCCGGCCUUAAGUCACCUCCCUUUCUCUGACCACUGGUGAAGUGGGAGUGUCUGAGUGGAUUCUCAGAGGCUGUAUCAGGAGAGUAAGAUGCUGAUUUCCCACCUCUGUUCAGGGUUUUGCCUUUGUCCAUGGGCAGGACUUUGGUUCAAAUGCCAAUAAAACAAACCUUUGGAGUACUUAAACAAAACUUAAAGAGUACUAAGGCCUGUGCCUUUGUACCUUUUCCUCUCAGGAUGAAGCCUCACUUCCCUGCUGACCGGAAGUCCAAUAUCCUGUCCUCUCUCCCUGGUGUACCCUCCUUUGAAGGAAUCAAGGCUGCUUGGUGCCUUUUUCCUUGACCCUCUUUCACUUCCCUCUCUUCCUUUGUCUCUUUUCUUUGCUCCUGUUGUACCUUUGCCAGGUGAUCUGGGUUUUUGUGUUUCCAUGGAAAACAGGCCCUCCUUUGGCUAAGAAGGGAGCCAUGGGUAAUGCCACAUUGGCCAAGAUGUCUUUCUUUCUUUUCUUUUUUUUUUAAUAAUAAAACAUUUACCAUAUAUUCUCACUAAA